AUGCAUAUUGCUACUUUUUUUUUUUUUUUUUUUUUUUUAGCUUUCAUUCACCUCAUUGGUGCAUCCAAUGUUGAUGUGAAAAAUGCAAUGACUUUCAGUGGGUCUCUUGAAGACAUGUUUGGGUACACUGUUCAACAGUAUGAAAAUGAGGAAGGAAAAUGGGUACUUAUUGGUUCUCCAUUAGUUGGCCAACCUGAGAAAAGAACAGGAGAUGUGUACAAGUGCCCUGUAGGAAGGGACAACCAAUCCCCCUGCAUAAAGCUGAAUUUACCAGAUGCUACUUCAGUGCCUAACGUCAUGGAAGUAAAAGAAAACAUGACUCUUGGAACAACCUUAGUCACUAACCCGAAAGGAGGCUUUCUGGCAUGUGGACCGCUCUAUGCUUAUAAAUGUGGGCGUUUGCAUUACACAACUGGAGUCUGCUCCAAUGUCAGCUCCACUUUUGAAACUGUGAAAGCAAUUGCUCCAUCUGUACAAGAGUGUAAAACCCAGUUGGACAUCGUCAUAGUCCUUGAUGGGUCCAAUAGCAUUUAUCCAUGGGAGAGUGUCACAGCCUUCCUUAACAGUCUUCUGAGAAACAUGGAUAUAGGUCCUCAGCAAACACAGGUUGGAAUUGUCCAGUAUGGGCAGACUGUAGUCCAUGAAUUUUACCUGAAUACCUACUCAACAACAGAAGAAGUGAUGGCUGCAGCCCUGAGAAUACGUCAGAGGGGUGGCACACAAACUAUGACAGCCCUUGGAAUAGAUACAGCAAGGGAAGAGGCAUUUACUGAGGCUCAUGGUGCACGAAGAGGAGUACAAAAAGUAAUGGUUAUUGUGACUGAUGGGGAAUCACACGACAACUACAGAUUACAAAAAGUGAUUGAUAAGUGUGAGGAUGAAAACAUUCAGAGAUUUGCAAUUGCUAUUCUUGGCAGCUACAGCAGAGGAAAUUUAAGUACUGAGAAAUUUGUAGAGGAAAUAAAAUCAAUUGCCAGUAAGCCUACUGAAAAGCAUUUCUUCAAUGUCUCAGAUGAAUUGGCUCUUGUAACUAUUGUUGAAGCCCUUGGAGAGAGAAUAUUUGCCCUUGAAGCAACAACUGAUCAGCAAGCAGCAUCAUUUGAAAUGGAGAUGUCACAGGCUGGUUUCAGUGCUCAUUACUCCCAGGACUGGGUUAUGCUUGGAGCAGUUGGUGCAUAUGACUGGAAUGGCACAGUGGUCAUGGUGAAGGACAGUGAUAUUUCAAUACCAAGUAAUGACACUUUUCGUGACAGACAUUCAGAAAAAAUUGAACCCCUUGCAGCAUAUCUAGGCUAUACCGUAAAUUCAGCAUUGACACCUGGAGGAGUGCUGUACAUAGCAGGACAGCCACGAUACAAUCAUACUGGUCAAGUCAUCAUUUAUAAAAUGGAAGGAAGAGAAGUGCAAGUACUUCAGAGGUUAAAAGGAGAACAAAUUGGCUCAUACUUUGGGGGUGUUAUCACCACAAUUGACAUUAACAGAGACUCAUUUACAGACCUUCUCCUUGUUGGAGCUCCUACAUAUAUGGGAACUGAAAAAGAGGAACAAGGGAAAGUGUAUGUGUAUGCUCUGAACAAGACGAAGUUUGAGUAUCAGAUGAGUCUUGAACCUAUAAAACAAACAUGCUGCUCACCAUUAAAACAUGACACCUGCAAAGUUCUUAAGAAUGAACCCUGUGGAGCACGCUUUGGGACUGCAAUUGCUGCAGUGAAGGACCUCAACCUUGAUGGGUAUAAUGACAUUGUAAUAGGAUCUCCCUUAGAGGAUGAUCAUCGGGGAGCUGUUUAUAUUUAUCAUGGCCAUGGCAACACAAUCAGUAAAAAAUAUACACAGCGUAUUGCAUCUGGUGGAGAUGGGGAGAAAGUGAAAUUUUUUGGCCAGUCUGUGCAUGGAGAAAUGGAUUUAAAUGAUGACGGUCUGAUUGAUGUCACUAUUGGAGGCCUUGGUGGGGCUGCCCUCUUCUGGUCUCGUGAUGUGGCUGAAGUAAAUGUUUCUAUGCAGUUUAUGCCCAAAAGUAUCAAUAUCCAACAGCAAAACUGUCAGAUAAACAAAAGAAAAACAAUAUGCAUAAAUGCCACAAUUUGUUUUAAGACCAGACUAAAGUCAAAGGAAGAUAUAUUUGAAUCCAGUCUACAGUACUGGGUUACUCUUGACGCACAAAGACAGAUAUCUCGAAGCUUGUUCACGGAAACUCAUGAGAGGAAAAUGCAAAAAAAUAUAACUAUCAAAGGGUCACAAUGUAUUAAACAUAACUUCUACAUGUUGGACAAGCCUGACUUUCAGGACUCUGUAAAGGUUUUGCUGGAGUUCAAUUUCUCUGAUCCAGAAAGUGGACCUGUUCUUGACAACAACCUGCCAAAUUCAGUAUCUGAAUAUAUUCCUUUCACAAAAGAUUGUGGAGCCAAAAAUAAAUGCAUUUCAGAUCUUGUUCUGAAUGUAAAAGCAAGCAUAGCUGGAGACAGCUCUUCUCCAUUCAUUGUCAAGUCACGCAAUGAUAGGUUCACCAUCCAGCUGUCUAUCAAGAACAAAAAAGACAGUGCCUAUAAUACCAGAGCUUUGGUUCAGUAUUCUCCAAAUAUUAUUUUUGCUGGCAUUGAGGAUAUACAGAAAGAUAGUUGUGAGUCUAAUCACAACAUCACCUGUAAAGUGGGAUAUCCAUUUUUAAAACCUGAAGAAGAGAUUUCCUUCAAAAUAUCAUUCCAAUUCAAUGCAUCAUAUCUCCUGGAAAAUGCCACUGUUGAUGUAUAUGCUACAAGUGACAGUGAAGAACCACCUGAGACCUUGAGAGACAACAGAGGACAAGUUACAAUUCCUGUAAAAUACGAAGUAGGAUUAAUAUUUGUAAGUGUUUUCAAAGAGCACCAUGUUAUAAUUGCUGCAAAUGAAACCAUUCCUACUGCUAUUAACACAACAGAGCAGAUAGGGGAUGAAGUUACUUUGCAUUAUAGGAUUGAAAAAGGUGAACAUUUUCCAAUGCCAAAUCUCACACUGCAAAUCUUGUAUCCUGAUGUAACAACGGCCAAAAACACUCUUCUCUACAUUACAGCAUUGUCACAUUCCCAAAAUGCUGUCUGCAAAUCUAGUUAUCCUGUAGAUCACCUGAAGAUCGGUUCUGGAAAAUCAUUUGUGCUGCCAAAAACAAAAGAACCUACAAAGGAUACAAUUAUGGAGUGUGAUACAUUCAGCUGUGCAUCUAUUGAUUGUGCCCUGGCCCCAUCUGACAUAUCUCAAGUGAAUGUUUCUUUGAGAGUAUGGAAACCUACCAUCAUAAAAGCCAGUAUUCAUAGCUUAACCCUUGUUGUGAAAGCAUUACUUCGGAGUGAAAACUCAUCACUGAUUUUGAGAAAUGACCAUCAAAAAUUGGAGACCAUGAUUAAGAUUUCCAAAGAACUCCCUCCAGGUUCAGUCCCCUUAUGGGUUAUCCUUCUGAGUAUCUUUGCUGGACUCUUGAUUCUUGCACUGCUCAUAUUUGCUUUGUGGAAGGCUGGAUUUUUCAAGAGGCCACUAAAGAAGAAAAUGGAGAAAUGAAGAAAAAAAACAACACAAAACAAAAAAAAAAGAUUUUUUUCCUCAGGUCUGCCUCAAAAAUGUGACUGUACAAUUUAAAACUUAGAUAAACAUGCAGUGUUCACAAUGUUUUCUAAACUCCAGUGCAUUAAAAAAAAAAGAGAGAGAGAUCAGAACAUCGAGCAAUCAAAUUAAACACACAUCUGAAUGAAUCAAAGGAAGAAAAUGGCCUUAUGUCACUUUGUGAUACUCAAGGAUGUACUUUCAAGUGUUACUCAUUCUUGGAGAGUAACUGAGUUCAAACAUUCUAACAUUUUUAAUAUGGAAAAUACCUAAUCAUAUUUUUGUGUGCCUAUAUAUAUGCGGAAUCCCUUUUCAUCCCAAAUUAUGCAAUAAGACAUCUGUAUGUAGCAAUCACAGUUUUUUAUCACUCUGAUUGUCAAAGAGAAAAUAUCAUACUCAAAAUUUUCUCUUUUUAAUGGACUGUCAGCUACAGAACAUUCAAACUUUGAAAAUGAACCAAAUACUACAUGGCAACUGAGGUAAUGACAUUUCAAAAGACAGAAGCAUCUGCAGAACUCUGAAUGAUAAUUACUGAAAUUCGUUGAAUUUCUUUCAACUUGUUUUACUGGGUCCAGCUGAUACCCCAAGAAAUUUUUAUUGUCAAGUGGAUCACUGGGGAUAUAUCCAUUAAUUAUGUAACUGUUUGAACUUGAAGGGGAUUUUUGGCAGACCUGGAAAUGUAUGCACAAAAUAUUCAAGCCCAAGUAAUUGCACGCUUUACUCAAAUAAGCAAAGGAAAGUUGUGUCUGCAGAUUGAUAUAUUUGUAUUUAUGCAGAAAAUGCUUAGAGGUACCCUGAAAGUUUGACUUGCUGUAUAUCUUGGAGUAGCCAAGAGGGUGCUUCGUAAACUUUCACUGUAAAUUUGUUGUGUAGCUAUUUAAUCCAAUGAGUUUAAAGUGUACAAAUUUAUAAUUAACAAAAGAGCACAGAUAAGAAACUUAGCACUGGUAAGCUUCUUCUAGUAGUGUAACUCUCACCUCAUCUUUUUUACUUAGGAGUUUAAAGUGAUGCAUUUGCAUACUUAAUAAGCACUUAACAAAUUAUUUUGUGUCAAAGAUUAAAAGUUUUUAAGUUUAUGUAAGAAUACACUGAAAUGUAGAUAGCAAAGGGUUUCUCCCAAGCUAUUUAGAGUGUUCAGCUUAGCAGGAAAUUUCUUUCUCCCUUUUUCUUUCACUCACUUGUUUUCCUUCCACAGUUAUGUCUGCCUGCAGCUCUUGGCUAUCUGUACGUUGUCCUUCAAAGCUUCCUACAUUACCUGCAGUCACAUAAAAGCUAAGAAGGAAAUGGAGGCAUGAAAGCUAACUGCAAUUUUUCCUCAGCAUGGUAAUAUUUAGUAUUGAUUCCCAGUAGAUCAGAAAAUGUUGAGGAGUGCUUCUGUAAGAUGUGCUCAUUUGCAGAAAUACCUUUGCCUUGUCAAGGAAUAUCUGUUGCUACACAUUUCACUGGAACAAAAAAAAAAUCAUCACAGCUUUCAAAAGGCUUAUCUUCUGAGAUAGAUUCCGCUGACUUUAUAGUAAUAGCUUUAAAAAGCUAAAAUAUAUUUUAUAAACACACCUUUUUUCUUUAAGAAAAGACCACAGAUUAAGUUGAACAUUCUGGCAAGUACAACUCCAGCAAUGCACUGAAGGGUGCUUCACUGUUUAAAAAUGCUGUCUCUCCUCAGUGUCUUCUAUUUAGUUCCUUAGUUAGAGGGUAGUUAUUGGAAAGGCUGAGAUUUGUGUGAAUUCAGCAAGUAGGAUUAUGCUUGAAAAAGUUUGUGUCUGCCUGUGGGAAAGUUGGUGAUUUCAUAACAACGUUCUGCUGAUGGUGGCAUGACUCAGAGCAGAGGGCCAAGCCCUCUGCAUGAGCACCGUGGGCUGCAGUGCACAGUGUGGGAGAUCCACAGCCUCGGUGGGCUUGCUCACCGGGCUCAUCUGCAUGCCUGAUAGUGUGCCUGACCCUGGGAAUGGGUACAAGAUGUGCUGCCCUGGUCCUGAGUACCGUGUGGAAGCUGUAAGCAAGGCAGAAGAGUUGUGGGCAGGAUCCCUAUUUCAGUCAUCAUGCAAGCUAAACAGUCCUCAAAGGAAGGAAAAAAUCCAAACUAGCAUUUGCAAAUAUGUUUUCAGUACAGUCUGAAUUGAAAGUUCAGUUGUUAACAAACUAAGGUUUUUCCAGUUUGUUUGAAAGAAUUAUAUAGCACUUGUCAUCACAGCGUACAAAUGCCUCAGAAUCACCACUUUUUAUUUCUUGUAAUAUCCCUGUAAAGGCAUAUCCCAAUAUGGUCUUGUGAAGGAAAAAUUGUGAAGAAGCUGUGACUCGUCUAUGCACACACAUAAAGUCUAUGGUAAUAAAGGAAAUACUUGUGUUUAUUGUUAUUCACCCAGUUUGUUAACCAUUAGCUCAUUUUUCCUAGCUUCAUAAAAUUAAUCACUCCAAGUUAUGCAAUUCACACGUCACUUUUAUGCAACACACUUUUUGUUUCACUCUUUAGUUAUGGUAAUCUGUUAACAAAAACUUUAAACUUUUCCUGAUGACUUUUCAUGUCAUAUUUUAAAGCAUCAGCCUGAUUUAAAAUAGCCAAUAGGACAGUCUAUUUCCCUGAAGUUUGCACAAAAAUACAUAUUUUAUCAACGCAAGUUUGUUUGAGUUCAGUGUUCCAUUUUUUUAGCCUCACUUUGCUCUUUAAGAGCAGUAGGAAGCUUCAUGUAACCACAUUGCUAUUUUGUUUGUUCUGAUACUUUCUCUGUUUUCACCUUUGUCCUACUAUCAAAUGUUCAAUUAUAGUAUCUAUUUAAAAUUUAAGUAUGUAAAGAGAAUAGCACUGUAUCACAUUUCUCUUGCAUGGGCUACAUUAUAGAUUACUACAUUAAAUCACUAUUUUAAUUCACAGAAUCUUUCCAUGCAGCACUGCAAAAGCAGUAUUUUUACUGCUUUUCACAUUAUGCAGCAAAAAAGCCUACUGAAAUCAAUAUUGCAAGUAUCAGAAUCAUCUCACUGAGAUUUGUCUGGUCAAGGAAAAUCAGUAAUACAUGUAAUCUGUUCUAUUUCUUUAGAAAGACACAUUAGGCUUGUAUUAUGGUUCCAACUACUAACAUUUUUUAAUUCAAAUAACAGCCUAUGAAAAAAUAUAAUAAAUUAGGUGUAUAACUAGAGCUUAAGCUAUCAAAGGAAUCUGGCCCAUGUCCACUCCUAAUGUCAGCACUGAACUAGCUAAUGUUAGAAAGAAUGGACAAGCUAUGUUUCUAUAGCACUGCACUUUGCUGGAAGAAGGAGACAGAGCUUUAAGCAAUCACACCUGCCUCAAAAUGAGGCUGUUGCAUAGGUUGUCAGUCUAUUGUAUGGAGACAUGUCAAACACAUCUAUUUUAGAGCAGUCCCCUUCGCUUCUGCUUAUGUUCCUGUCACUCUCAGGCACAACCCACCUAUCCUGAGCCCUUACCUGAGCCUUUCAGUACAUCUCCUGUGCUGCUGAGCUGUUUUGAGCACAAUAUCCUCCUUCUGCAGAGCUUGAGUCAGGGGAGCACACCUUCAAUAGCAGCCAAUAAGGUUUGCACUUCUCUCAUAGUAAAGAGAGGCUGGAGUUAGGGUCAUGCUCUUCUAAUGACUUUCAUAUUGUUUCUUUGUUUUAAUACAUUGGAUUCACUAAUGUAUAGAUAAGAAUAAAAUUCCAGGAAGAAAAAGAAAGCAAAGUAAGAGAUUCAGAAUGUACGUUCAUUAAUUAUACCACUGAGCAUGACGAAGAUGGAUUUUUUUUUAAGAAAGAAAUCACAGCAUUCUGCACAGCAUUCUGUUUUUCCUGUAAAAUUAUUCCAUAUGUUUUAUUGAUUAAAAAUUUUUAAAUCUAA